GGUGAAUUCUACAACAUCGGGAAGCAUCAGGAGCCUCCCUUUUCCCCCGCAGUCUUUUCCCUGCCGCCCCAGAUCAACAACAUGUUGUACAUCGGCGUUUCCUCCUUCACCUUCGAAUCUGCGGCCUUCGUCUACAACACAGCUGGAGCCCUCAGCCUGGACAUCACUGACGACAUGAUCCCAAAAAUCUCUCCCGUCCGACUCAACACCCGAACGUUUGGAGUUUUCAUCCCGCAGAUUGCCAAGCGUUUCCCAGGUCUGAUGAUGAAACUUCUGGUGAAGAUGUCAAAAGCUCCAGUCAUCACGUUUGAACCCAACAACGCGACAGUUCAGAGCUUUGCCUCGAUGACAGCUUACGCUAUCCAACCCAACGCCGCACUUACGCCUCUCUUUGUCCUGAACUUGGUCUCCAGUGUCAGCGCCCGAGUGUUUGUCAGUGGAAUGAGGUUGGCCGGAGCCGUCACCCUAAACAAAAUGGAUCUGACCCUGGGGACGAGCGAUGUCGGAGACUUUCAUGUCAGUACCCUCAACAGCAUCUUCCAAACGGUCCUCAAUUUCGUGGUGAUACCUAGAAUGAAUGGUGAGUACUCUUUAUGAACUACUAAGACCCGC